UUUUUCUUUUCUUUUCGUUGCGUUGCGUUGUUAACUGUGUGACUGAGUUUUUUUCCAUUGAAAACCAUGUCAUCACCGGCGUCGACGUCAUCCGCUCCGACUGCAGCGGCAUCAGCAGCAGCGGCAUCAUCAGCAUCAUCCAAUCCAAACGGCGUCGGCGACGGCAGCGCAGGCGAAGGGCUGUCCAAGUCCGACUCGGAGCCGGGCGAGCACGGCGCUCUGGGUGGAGGCAGCAGCACGGGACCGAACGCUGCUGCUUCAUCUGCUGCUGCGGCUUCAACUGCUGCUGCUGCUUCAGCAUCGUCAGCAUCGUCAUCGCCGUCAUCGUCAGCGGCAGGCAGAGGCGGCGGCGGCGGCGCAGGUCGUCCCGUGCCGUGGAGCCGCAAGCACAAGCCGCCCGCAACGCGCUUCCAGCCCGGCGAGGUGCUCGGCGCGUCGUCGUCGUCGUCGUCGUCGUCGUCGUCUGCGUCGGGUCAGCAGCAGACGCAAGUGUUGCCAUACUCCAUCGACAGCUGCUCGUCGUACUCGGCGCAGUACCUGCCAACCAACAUUCUGGUCGAUAAUCCAACCGAUCAAAGCUCGCGAUGGUCGUCCAACGUCAAUAAUCAUAUGCAGUUCCUCAUGCUCAAGCUGGCAGAACCAUCGGUCGUCAAGAGCAUCACCCUUGGAAAGUACCACAAAGUCCACGUCUGCAAUGUUCGAGAGUUCAAGGUUUUUGGAGGCAUGACAACGGAAAACAUGGAAGAACUGCUUCACAGUGGAUUGAAGAACGACACAGAGGCAGAGACGUUGCUCUUGAAGCAUUCAACCAACAAUAUCAUCUUCCCGUGCCAAUACAUCAAAAUUGUUCCCGUGAUGGCAUGGGGACCCAAUUUCAACUUUAGCAUCUGGUACGUCCAGCUCAAAGGCUUGCCUGCCACGCCGCGCAUCGUCCAGGAAUUUGACAAUUUUCGCGAGCGACAGGCAGUGCGACUUUGCCUCAAAUAUCUGCGUCAGAAAAACCACAUGGAGGCCUUUGAAUCUCUUCAACAGCGCACUUCCAUUCGUCUGGAAGACCCCAUGUUGACCGAGUUGCACGAGCUUGUUGUCAUGCAAGGUGACUUUGACAAGGCGGAACAAACGAUGCUCAACGCCAUCGAUCAAGACCUGUUCGCCGAGUACAUUUUCGACUCGCCUUGGACUCCCAUGUGGAAGCGACUCGUGCCUGUCACGCAAGAAGGACACGUGGCAACUCGCAUCCCUGGUCCCCGAGGAGGUCACCAGAUGUGCCUUGAUGAACGCGACGGUGUCAUUUACUUGUUUGGAGGCUGGGAUGGAUCUCGCGAACUGGGCGACUUUUGGGCGUACAAGAUUGCGCAAAACCAGUGGACAUGCCUUGCAGACGAUGCAAGCAUGUUUGGCGGUCCGUCCGCACGCUCGUGCCACAAGAUGUGUUUGAAUACCAAGUCCCGUCAACUUUUCGUUCUGGGGCGCUACAUGGAAUCUGACAUCUCGCCCGCCUCCGAGCUGACUAGCGACUUUUACAUGUACGACAUUGACAGCGCGACAUGGCAGCUGAUUGCGGCGGAUACAUGGUCAGCCGGUGGUCCCAGCCUUGCCUACGACUUCCAAAUGGCGUACGAUCCGGUGACGGAUUGUCUGUUCGCAUACGGUGGUCGCGUUGUGUUGCCAACCACUGUUGGCAAGCCAGACAUCGAGCAGACAAUCACGAGUCAACGAACAAACACGCUGUUCAUGUAUGACUGCGCGAAUGGCGCCUGGUCCUCGGUCCUGAACCUGGACGACGCUCCGCAGUUGAAGGCGCGGAUAGAGCACUCGAUGGUGCUCGACCCCGAGAAGCGCUUGCUGUAUAUUUUUGCGAAUCGGAGGCUGAAAGAGCAAUCAAGCGAUCUGUUGACAUUCAAUCUGGACACUCACGAGGUUUCGGUCCUUCUGGAUGAGAUCAUUGCCUCUGGAGGUCCUGAAACAGGCUUUGCCCAUCGCUCCACCAUUGAUCCGGUGCUCGGGGAGAUUUACAUUGUUCCUGGGCCGCUGCGUGACCUUCGCAACAACCAAGAGGUUGUCAAUCUUGCCUUUUGGCUCUACUCGACGACUCUUGGACGCUGGCGCCGCGUGUAUCGCACCGAAGUCACGGACGUCGAUCAUUGGCAACAGCCUCAACCGACUCCUCGCCCUCGCAUUGCACACCAACUUGUUCACGAUUCUGCAACAAAGACUCACUACCUCUUUGGUGGCAACCCUGGAGAUAGAACACAACACGAGCUCCGUUUGGACGACCUGUGGUCGUUCAAGAUUGAGCGCCUCUCACAUGACACAUUCCGAAAGCGCUGCAUGUUCCUCAUUCGUCAACAAAAGUAUCGAGAGAUGUGCGCAUACGCGUCGAGCAUGGAGGCGCUUCGGUACUUGCAGACCGAUCUUGCCGCGACCGUCAAUCACAACAAUCCCGUCGAGAGCGCCAACUUCCGAGCCCUUUCGGCUGCAUUGUUCCAGCGCCGUGCUGGCUCUGGGAUGCAGGAUGCCUCCUUUUCCGCUGCUGCUGCGGGUGGGAUGGAGCCGUCCGAUACCUUCGGGGCGCGCUCGAAAUUGUUCGAAGAGCUCGCCUCCUUCUUCCCGUCGGAUAUGCGCCAACCAAGCAUUAAUAUUGUCGAUCUGCUUUCAUUAUAAAUAUUCCGUCGCUGUGCUUGUCAACAGAGUAUACAGUAAAGUACAAAUUUGUUCUGCU